AUGAAUGCACCGCGAAGCUCUUGGACUAUCAGUUCGAGAUAUGUGACCAUCAUCAACAAACUAUUUCAGGGUCUCAGUCCAGCACAAAUCUCUCCUGGACACGACGAAGAGCGCUUCUGGCAAGAGCUGCUGUCCCUGGAACCCGAACGUGCCUUUCUAACGCGUCUCCUAUCUACACUUUCCAAGGACGAGUGCCUCAGUUCACACAAGCUCGUGCUCCAUGCCCUCUUUACUGUUUGCAUCAUAUUUGCAGCCGACCGCAAGGGCACAGAGACCCGGCGCGCCCAUGCCGUCGAUACGCUCUCUAUCAUGCUACGUACUGUGCUCGCCAAGAACCUAGCAGGCUGGGAGGUGAUGGAAAUCUUUGCUAACAGAGUGAAUGAGGCCGACAGGGUAUUCAUGGACUUUGUUGGGAUGAUUUCAGAUGUACUUGAUGAUGAUGAUGCUCCUGAGGCUCUUCGACAUCAGGUUCUCCAACUGGCUGUUGUCUUCACGUGUAGCAUCAGCCAGUUAAGCCCGGGCGCAUAUUUCCUGCGUCGAGACCUCUUCCCUUGCAUCGCUAAGGUCAUCACAUCCCCAGAUACCCAACGCUUUACUUUUGAAGCGUCACUCCUCCUCUCUAUUCUGGCGAAUUUUCACAAAUCUGAUGCAGCGAAACUUAAUCCAUACCUCCAGCGCAUACGCGAUACGCAAGACACAGAACUCAUGCGCAAGAUUUGUUGGGCAACGGGGUUUGCACUCGAUGCUGCUGUGAAGGCAUACCAAGAAAUAUCGGACGAUUCGAUCCCCACAUUCGCAAAGAGCGUCGGAACUUUGUUCACCUCGCUCCUACCCGAUCGCACACUGACAAUGCAGCCACUCGACCCGCCUCGAGAGUUCCUUAAGACUCAACCCAUCGAAGCGACUGUUUCACUUCUACCUGUUUUCGAGUUCCUUUUCUUCAAUCCUCUUUUUCCGCAGGUGCUAGUAGACAUGAUACCCAAGCCAUCCGACAGCAAGAAGAGCGCGCUGGUGCCCCCGCUAGCAUAUAACAUCAUCUCAUUGUCAUCCUAUGUGUUGACUCAUGCCUCGUCUUCGGCGUCACCCCCGCAUAACGCGCAUAUAAUGUCGGUCUUUUGUAAGCCUGUCUCCUCAAAAGAGGCAGUCAGGCUGUGUCGGCAGAGACUUCCGCUCCUUCCAGUGCCAUCGCCUACGCGUGCACCGAUCUGCGCACUUCUGGAUUGUUGUGUAUUAUGGCUACGCCAUAAUCUGCAUAAGCGGCUCGAGGUGUACACGUUUACUACGUGUAUCUGGACGUGCCAUCACAUCAUAUGGUAUCUACAGAAGGCAAGAAUGCGAUUAGAAUACGACUGGCUUGAAUUGUGGAAGGCCAUUGUUGACUUACUUGGGUUUCUUUCCGGUAAGCUUGACAGUUUGGUGACCACCGGAGGCAUCGAGCGGCUAGUCCAAGAGAGUGUCCGGCUACUUGACCUUGCGCUACGCAGAGCAGACCUAUUUUUGCCCACACCCACCGCUGUUCAUGAGUUCAUCUAUGAAGUUGUCCGCUCCUCCGCGGUGAUUAGGAAGCAAUCGCUGCUUUUACAAUCGCUAGGACAACCCACGUCUGUAGACCGUGGGGCGUCGCUGCGUUCUGACAGCGUGUCCAAGGCCCUGUCCCGUGUUCUUUCCACAGCUGCUUACUACGAGGAGAAACUCGCUUCUGCUGAUACACGCAGCGCCAAGGAUGCGUUCCGGAUUGUCUCAAAAGACAUCGAGCAAAAUGGCUUACACAGUGCGCACGAUGCGGAUGACACAGACCCACCGAAACAUGCGGAGGAUGUCGUCAGUUUCAUUCGUGUUGCGUGCGCAGAUGGCCUGGCGCUGAUGACAUGAGCACAAUAAAAUUUAUCCUCAUAAAUGGGUGACUAUCCUUUAUGGCAAAAUAAUGCAGAAUAUAUUAUUUCGGACUUCAAAAAAAAAUUUGGUCUGUAUUGAAAAAAACUAUAAAGCAUGGAAAUAUUUAUAAUACGGAAUCUGUGGCAAGGACCUUAUAUUGCUACGUAGCCUACAGCGGCCGGUGAUGAAGAGUUCUCGAUCAAGCAGAAAGACACGAGAAUGGUAGCAGCAAUUGUAUGUUACGAUCACAGUGACUAUUACCAAGUGAAAAGACUGUCAUGUGGGGGGGACCUGGGUCAUACGAGUGGGACAGGCAACGACCCUUAGAGAACCAGAUGACAACAGAGUUGAGCCGUUCCUUGGAAUGGGUGCCAGAUGAAUCGAUGAUCUGAGCAGGUCGGUGUCUCAGUGGCGUUAGUGGCCGAAAAGGGUAGUCAACCGUUUAUUAAUUCCCGCUGGGGCCCC